AUGACGCGACAGUGGCAGUGGCACCCCCAGGCCACGCCAAAGCGAAAAAUUAUGUACUGUGACUGCGGCAACUGGAUCCAAAAGGACAGAGUCCAGCCCACCAGCAAAUGCUGGUAUUGCAAGACGCCCUGGCUGCCCGCCCCGAAGCCCAGCGUGCGUGAUGCGGUGUGGUCUGCAUGGAAGGACCUGCCGAACGAGGCACAGGCCGUCUUGACGAAGGCGGGAGUCAAACCGCCACCAGAAAAGGAAGAGCCGGAGAGCCAGGAUGCUCUGCUGGACCUACUCAAGGUCCACCAAGACUCCCUCCCGGCGGAGGUUAAGGCCUACGUCGACUCUGUUGACAAGGCGGCCAUGCCGUCAGAUGAUGAAGCGGCACGGUCGACCACUGACAAGCUGAAAAUCGCAAGCGGGAAGCUGAGGGACCUUGGGUACCAAAAGCUGAGGCUGCAAGGGCGCAUCAACACAGCCAAAGGGGUCCUCACGGAACUCUACUCAGACAUGAAGGUGUUGCUCGCCGACCUGGUGCAAACGCAAAAGCGAGUUGAUGAGUUGAGCAAGAAUUUCAAGGAUGCAAUGUUGGCCCCCCCCACCGAGCCAGCCGUCCCGGAACUCGACCUCACCGAGGUGCUCAAGGAUCUCGGAAUCGCCUUAACUGAGGACCAAUCCACGUUUGCUGACACAUCCAACCCUGAUUUUGAAGCCUACGCCAUCGACCUUGCUGACGAGGUUCACGGAGUGUAUCCGGAGUCAUCGGCAGAAUGGCAGCUGGCGUCGACAGGCGUUGCCAUUGCGGCGGGGGAUGACCCAUGCCUCGACCCUAAGUUGGCCGAAUGGGUCAGCCAUGACCUGUCGCACCUCCAUGUAAAGUCCUCCUCUCCAGCUGGCCCGAUCAAGAUCCUGUCUGCCAACGUCACGAGCUGGCGACAGGAAAUCCAGGAUUGGGCUACCCACCUUGAGCCGCACGCCUUCUGCGUCCAGGAAACCCACCUUUUGGGCGACAAACUCCACCUUGCUAAGGUUAACGGUCUCCUGGUGAAGGAACAGGCAUCCUUGGUGGGCACGGAUGGGCUCGGCUUUACCUGUGUCAUUCUCCACAUGCAAGGGAUUCACCUUGCAGUCUUCUCGAUCUACCUCCAAUCGGGAGGUUGCAUCAACACGGCCCCCAACAAAGGAAUUGUAGCAGCCCUGAUGGCUACGCUAGUGAUGUGCACCACGCCGUGGAUUGUAACGGGGGAUUGGAACCAAGAUGUUGAGGAGGUGCAGGACAGUGGCCUUGAGAAGAAGACCAAAGGCGUCAUAGUGGCCCCAGAAGGGGCCACCAUCGGGUCUGGCAGCACCCUAGACUUCGCCCUCAUGUCUCGGGAAAUUGCAUCAUGUACCAAGGUCACCCUCCUCGAGGAGGUUCCGUUUAAGCCUCACGCGGCCCUCGUCUUCACCAUCGAGGUUGAUCAUGGGCGCCUUAUCCUCCCCCAGCUCCAAUCAUUCCCUACGGUGGUCCAGGAUGAUGUUGCCCCGUAUAGUAAGAGAGCUGACCUUACGGGAACGGGAUGCAUUGGCCACUGCCUCCUGGAUGGAAAUGUCGCUACAAAGGAGUUCGCGAUGAUUACAGCCUCGGUGGAGGCUGCUCUCUUCCCCCACACGAAGAUAACCGGGUGUGGAUGGAACGUCGAGGUAUGUCACAAGCCAUUGGUCUCUACCGUGGAGAAACGGCCUUGGAUGGGAGUGGUCCAAGCCAGGUGGUCCAAGCUGGACACCCUCGUGGCGCAAAGAGACCAAUGCGGCAGCGUUGUGCCACGUAGGCGGCUAGAGACACUGCUACAAAACAAUGCAGAAGCUGACGAGCCCACCCUCGCCCUCAAUGAGGUUGGUAACCUGGUGUACACCCUCCUGCAGGAAGGAGGUGCCGACCAGCAAUGGGAGGAAGUCUCCGAGUUGAUCAAGAGGCACCUGCAGGAGGCUUCGCAUGAACAUCAGGAAAAGCGCACGAUGCAAUACGAAAGUUGGCUUGAGCAGGCCCUCAAGGGUGGCAUGCGGCCUGUAUUCAGAGCCAUUCGCAAGCAUGAAACGGUGGUGGAAAGGCCGUUCGAGGACCUGCCACCGUACGACCGGCUCCUCGCCAGGAGGCAGUAUUGGGCGAAGUUAUGGCAGGGCAGCUCUCACCACCACGCCCAAGGAUGGCCUGAGCUGGAGGCCCGAGCCAGUCAAGCGGCGCAGGCAACCACGCCGCUCACCCAGCAAGACGUCCUGGCGGCCUGCCGGCGUGGGCCUGAUGGCUGGUGCACGAAUAUGCUGAAAUGCAUUCCGGAAGAAGCAGCGGGCGACCUUGCAGCCCUCUUCAGGGAGGUUGAGCUCACUGGCACCAUGCCAUUGCAGUGGACAAUCAGUAGCAUCAUCCUUUUGGCCAAGAACUCGGAGGUCGAAAGGCCGAUUGCAUUGAUGCACGUGGUCCUCAAGUUGUUCCUGAAACUUCGCUACCCGCUGGUUAACCAAUGGAUCCAGGACAUUAAGGACCGGAUCUGGUGGGAUUCGGCCAAAGUUUCCAAACACCACCAUGAACAUAGAAUCACGCUGUACAUCGACCUCACGACCUUUUAUGAGACGAUUUCCCACGACAAACUCGUUCACUCCGCCUUGUCAUUGGGAUUCCCUCCCCAGCUCCUCCGCUUGGCCCUGGGGGCCUACACAGGAGGGAGGUUGCUGAUCAGUGGAGGGGUGGUCGCUCCCCCGGUGUACGCCCAGCGUGGGGUGUUAGCCGGCUGCUCGCUGGCGCCGGCGUUGUCCAAAGCUGCGCUCUUCCCAGUCUGUGACCGCCUCACGCAGGAGGUACAGAUCACAGACAUGGACAUCUACAUCGACGACAUAAGCGUGGAUGUGCAAAGCGAGAGCCACACCAGCGUGGCAGUGAGAGCGAUCAAGGCGCUCCGCAGCCUCCGGCAACACCUUGGUGAUGAAGGGUUGGUGCUAUCCAGCACCAAGUCCUGCUUUGUGUGCUCCUCCCCUGAGAGCGAGAAAGCGUUGCGCGCCAGGCUUACGGAGGCCGACCCGCCCAGGUUGCCAAAAAACAAAUCGGCCCGAGUAUACCGCGCCAGCGUCUUCACAGCAUACACGUUUGGACACCAAGGGCAAGGGCCAGACGGGCGCAAUGAUGCACACCAGGCCUGGGAGCUCUCAUGGGAAAAGAUGGGCCGGUGCAAGGAACCCUGGCGUAUUGUUUCUGGCCCCAUUAUGGCCAUGCAAGCGUACCUCAGAGAGCUUGCAGUUGAAGCCCCCUCCUUACAGGUCUGGAGGUUUGGAACGCUCAAUGUUCAACCUGGCCCUGGGCGUGAGCAACAGCUCCUCGUUGAAAAGCCCCUCCACAAGAGGUACACUGAAAUGCAGUGUCGGGCUGUAGCGGCAACCACGUCCGCCCGAGGGGCCGAAGGGGGACUGGACUGGACAGUCGCCCGUAGGUUCUGCGGGGGCCUCAGGUCUGUCUGGCAAGGGGGCUUCUACACGAGCGACAAGUCCAAGCAGCUCUGUCCGGCGUGCAAAGAGGAGGCUGACCUCCCGCACAUUUUGAUCCAUUGUAAAUGGUGGGCCCGGCAAGUGGAUGCCCCAGCCCUCCCUACGUGUGCGGAAUCCAUUCGCGCGGAGGUUAGUCAGUUUCCCUGUUUCUUUGACAGAGGAGUGUUCUGCUCACCUCCGGUUGCUGGCCUGUGGUUUGGUACGGAUGCCAGUGGCGGCCAGGCGUCCGGCGACCCCCGGUGCUGUAUGGUGGCCUGGGCAGUCAUUGCGGACGAAUGGUGCGCCAAAGCGGAGCAGUUUCAUGUGCGGGGUACCCUGUCCGGGGUCCUAGGGAAUGGCUUCUCCAUUGCGCAAGGCGAGGCCUGCGCCCUGGCCAAGCUGCUGGAGUACACGCAGGACGAGGUGUUAGUGGCAGUGGACUCCAAGGCAGCCAUCCGUCAGUCUAAAUUUGCCAAGCUCAGCCGAUCAUGCCUCCACUCCUGGGGGGCGCAAUGGGAAGAGCGACGACGACUGACCACAGUCUGGACGCGCAGCCACCGGAGCCUGGACCAGUUUGUGGCGGAGUUUGGGCGGUCCAACCUCUGGGCAUGGUUUGCCAACCAGCGUGCGGAUGUCUUGUGCGGGUCCAGGGCUGAGGAGUGCCUCAGCCGGGCGCAUGUUGAGAAAGUCAAACGCCUUGACGCAGCAGCAGCCCAGUGGCAGCAGGCAUUGGGCCGCCGUGCCCAAUUCAUCUUCGGCCAUGACGAGGUAAAGUUUGGAAGUGUGAAAAAUGCCACGGGCAACAACAACCAGGGCAGGCGGUUGCCACCGGCCCACGGCGCCCUUCCCAGGCACAGAGAGAAGCUGGAGGCGCUCAACCGCAAAAGGGCGGAGGAAGGGCGUCCUCCACUCACGGCAGAGGAGGAGGUAAGUCCAGACGAGGAGGCCCUCCCGGCAGUGCCACCUCCAACUGCGGAGGUUAAAGCAGAGCCCCACAAGGAGUCUAGUGAGGAGGCGGAGGAGUCUGAGGAGUUAGAGUCCUCCUCAGACACUGAGCUCCUGCUUGAUGCCCCUCCGUCUUGGAACGGCGUUCUGGGCGAGGAGGUUCUGGAAAUCCGGGUCGACCGGAAGGCGAGGUCCAACAACCGUGCCAACUGGUUGGCACAGUGUGGGGACCUCUUUGAGUUCCCCCAUCAUGUGGGGUACCAAGCCAAGUACCUGGGCCAUGGCGGAUCCCGCCUUGUGAUGGCGGCUCCGCAUGGGUUCCUCCCCAACCACUCCGGGCGCGGCAACGUGACCAUAGUUGACUGGGGACAGGUCCUGGUCGACAUCGUCGAGUUCGAACGACUCCUGCCGCCCCCUGCUACACCCUCCCCGGUGGAGGUUUUACACAUGGCAUGGAUCCUGGGCACCGCUGCCCUCCUUGGAUUCAGUGCCAGGGACGCAAACCCCCGCAACUGGCGGCGCAGGGCCACCAAGGCCCCGGGCGACGCCCACGAGCUCGUCCUGGUAGACGUAGCUGGCUGGUCACCCUCCGAGCGAGGUUUUACCCCAGACACCCCUUUCCCGCAGCGCAUGCGGAUCCUUUCGUGGUGGAAUUGGGUUGAAGGAAGCCAGCCGGUGGUUUCCAAGUGGCUCCGUUCCGUGUUGCAGGCCCACCGCCGCGAUUUACGGAUGAUCUUCUCCUUCUUGUACUGGCAGUUGGUGGCUUCCGGCCAGGCCACACCGGUGGUUGCGGCACUCCGCCAGGAGUGCCUGUCCUUUACCCUUACUGGGGAGCCGGCAGUGGCAGCCCCCCUCAAAGGGACCCUUCAGCCCUCCGACUGGAGGUUGCUCAGUCUCAAGCCAGUGGAGGCAAGCCAACUGCUCGGCAAGGAAGUGUUCGGCCUGACUGGAUGCCACCCUCGAGGUUCCCUGUCCUUGACGGCGCAGUGA